AUGGGUGGCGUCAUCUCAUUCAUAUCGCUAAGGCAUCACCAUGAGAACAGUCUGGUUCCCAGUAAACAGGUUCGCACAAGAAACGGACUCGUCGAGGGUUUUCGUUUGAAUAUUGGCGACGAAAAAGAAGUCGAUAUAUUUUUGGGAAUCCCAUUUGCAAAGCCGCCGAUUGGUUCAUUAAGAUUCAAGAACCCUGAACAUCCCGAAGAUUGGGAUGGUGUACGAAAAUGCAUUAGAUUCGGCCCACGCGCACCGCAAGCCGACUUUUUCUGGGAACGUUUCACUCUAGGCGUUGGUAAAAGCGAGGACUGCCUUUAUUUGAAUGUAUUUUCGCCUAAUUGGAAAGCCGAAGAGGCGACCAACGGACUCCAUCCUGUUAUGGUUUAUGUGCAUGGCGGAGGUUUUCUCAUUGAUUCGGCCGUCAAAUAUGGAGAUGAGGGAAUUGCAAAAUAUCUUUGCCGACACGGCGUUGUUGUUGUCACCAUCCAGUAUCGCCUUGGCCUUCUUGGAUUCUUCUCCACAGGCGACCAAUCAUGCCCAGGAAACUUGGGACUCUGGGAUAUGACAAUGGCUCUUCAAUGGGUUAGAGACAAUGCUCAUGCGUUUGGAGGAGACCCAAGAAAAGUUACCGUGUUUGGGCAGAGCGCCGGAGGUGUUAGUGUUGAUCUUCUCGCUAUCAGUCCUCAUUCACGAGAUCUUUUUCACCAAGUCGUUCCAAUGGCUGGAAACGGCGAAUGCACAUGGAGCACCGUCGGAAAGACACGAUUGACCGCAACAUGCCGAGAAUUUGCAAUUCGCAAAUGUUGGGACGAGCGUGACACUCCCGAUGAAAAUCCGAGUGAGAGUAUGCUUUCUUUUCUUCGUACUCGCCGAGAAAAGGAAUUCGAAAAACGUUUACUAACCAGAAAGGGUGUUGAUGUUUCCAAGAUCGGACUCGAUCUUGCUCCAGUUAUCGGCUACAAACCCAGCGAUUUCUUGCCAAAACCAAUUGACGAACUCCGCAAAGAAGCGCCAAAGAAGAACAUAAUGGUUGGAACUUGCGAAUACGAGGGUCUGCUUUUUGCGAGUUUGGGUCCGGCGCAUUUCGAUGAGAAGGGAAUUGAUAAAUUGCUUUCACUUUUGAUCACUGAAGAGAAUCAUUCAAACUUUGAAGAACUCAGAAAAGAAGCGAAGGAACUCUAUUUGAAAAAUGAGAACAAUGAAGACGAUAAAGAAGCGCAAGCCAGAGGAUAUAUCGAACUGUACAGCGAUAUUUUCGUGAAUAACGGAACAUAUUAUUAUGCUGAAAAAAUGACCAAUCUUGGUAACAAAGUCUACAUGUAUUCAUUUGAUUAUUGCAACCCGCGCAGUUUUGGAAUAUUGACGCUUCGUGCCCCAUUUAGAGCUGCAACCCAUUGCACCGAGCUCGCUUAUAUUUUUGGCACAUCCAUUGUGUUCAAUUAUAAGUAUAAUGAAACCGACAAAGCCAUGUUGGAUUUAAUGACUCGUAUGUGGACAAAUUUCGCAAAAUAUGGCAAUCCCAAUGGGCCAUAUCCCGAUUCAUCAGUCUUCGAAUUCAAAUGGGAGCCAACCACCAAAGAAGAGCCGACACAAUUUCUUGCCAUAAAUGACCAAAAGUGCGAAAUGAAGACAGUUUAUCAUGAAAAACGCGCCGAAUUCUGGAAGAAAAUUCAAAUAAGCGCCAAGAAUAUAUAA